CGUGCGAACAGCUAGCCGUUAGCACAGUCUGUCAGUUCUGUGUGAAGGUUAGCGAGCUUCUGUACUGGAUCUGUUGCUCUGUUUAGGUGUCAGACAGCUCUUUAUACACAUCAACAAGUUAGCGACACUGUCGGAUAUAUAAGCUUAUCUUUCCUGAGUUUAAUGGGGCUCGAUAGAACACCGCUACCCGGUUUUAGAGCUCGGUUCGGCGCUGGUUCCGCAGCUCCCUCCGCCCAGCCGCUAACCUGCUAGCUAAGGAGGAAAAUAUGAUUUCUACCGCUCUUCAUUAAUUUCGUUAAUCGCCAUGGCGGUCACUCGACAGGUCGUAUCACCGUGUUUUUUGCAUUUACUAAGUUUUCAAACGUGUGUGACCACGUAAAGCUUUUUUAACGCUGGUUUAGGUUUGUUGUCAUUACAAGCUAAAGCUAGUUGGAGGACACUAUAGGGAGCUACUCUGCCGGUGAUGUCUGAAGAUUUUCCACUUCAAAAACUCGAGUCAGAUCGUAAAUGGCUCUCCAGCUGGCCACUCGCCGUUUGUCCAAAGGCAUCAUAAAUGUCUCCUUCAGUUCUGUUCGGUCUAAAGUCCGGCUGGAACAGCCUAUCAGAUACCUUGCAGCAUGUGGAAUCCUAUGGACGAAUCCCCAAAGAUGGGCAUACUAUUGGGAGCAGCGAGCGACACCUACACCCCCAGCUCGGACCUUCAUCAGUCUGGCUAACAAAAGAAAGCAGUAUUCUGAGCGAAGGAUCAUGGGGUAUUCCAUGCAGGAAAUGUAUGACGUGGUAGCAAACGUAGAUGACUAUAAACACUUUGUUCCAUGGUGCAAAAAAUCAGAAACUAUUAUGAAGAGAGCCGGCCACGCCAAAGCCCAGCUUGAGGUCGGUUUCCCACCUGUGGUGGAGAGGUAUACCUCCAUGAUCACGAAUGUUCGCCCUCAUUUAGUCAAAGCUGUGUGCUCAGAUGGGAAACUUUUUAACCAUUUGGAGACAAUAUGGCGUUUUAGUCCAGGCAUUCCCGGUUAUCCAAGGACGUGCACGGUCGAUUUUUCUAUAUCCUUUGAGUUUCGUUCAGUUCUGCAUUCCCAGCUAGCCACAGUGUUCUUUGAUGAGGUUGUAAAGCAAAUGGUGGCUGCCUUUGAGAGUCGCGCUGGUAAACUCUACGGCCCUGAGACUCGCAUCCCUAGAGAACUCAUGUUCCAUGAAGUGCAUCAGACUUGAGCUUCCGGCACAAUGGUUGUGUUUGUUUUCCGUGUCUUUUCGUUAUUUUGCUUGACGUGGAACUUUUCUCAUCGCAGCAGCUGAGCGUGAGCAACAGCUUAUUGGCAUCAUGAUUCAACACCAUUUUUAUUACCUCUGUUCUGACAGUCAUGCAACGUGACAAAACUCCCAGAAAAUGGGAUAUUUAUAUGAUAGUCACCUUCUGCUUCUGAUCCAUGGAGGAUUACUGAGGACAAACUUUCUGUAUAUCUGCUUCAUCUGUGGAGGAAAUCGGAUCCUUCACUAUUUAAGUAUGCCAAGAAUGCGGCUCUAGUCAAGGAAAAUAAGCAUGAGAGGCUUUUUAUUUUACCCAGUUUGCAGAGUGAUAUUAUUUUAGUUUUUAACUUUUCCUUUUGACUUUUGAAAUGUAGGCAGCGUGAGGAUUUUUAUCCACAGUGCAAGAAUUGCACAUGGAUGAGGCGAGCCUCUUCUGAAAAGUACGAUAAUCACAACAUAUUUUAUUUGCCAUCUUGGAUUAUUUAUAGCCUAAAGUCUUUAUACUGUGAAACUGCUGUAAGUAUUGUAAAGUGCAAUAAGACAAAAGGGUUUAUUUCAACAGUGCUUCUAUUGUUUUCGCAAGAAGAGGACACAUUGUGUUCAUGCAUUUGAAACGCUGACCAAAAAUUUAAAAAAGAAAAAGAAAGGAAAAUCGAUGGAACAGGAUUCACUUAGUAUGCUUGUAAGUACUCUGGCCUUUAUCGAAACAGCACAUGCUAAAAUCUAUUUUAGUGGCAUAGUUUAGUUUUUUAUUAUAGCUGUUAUUUUCUGUUUACACCAGAAGUGUCCCUUCUGAGUCUUAUGAGCUCCAAACCAGUUACUGUUUAUUUUAUAUUCACACCUGAGGGUGAAAGGGUGAGCAUAUUGGAGUUGAAAUGAAAUAAUGAAUUUGAACUCAAAGAGCAGAAUUUCAGCUUUAAUUUGAGGGUGUUUACAUCCAAACCAGGUUAAUGAUAAUGGUUGUAAUUCCUAUUUCAUACAAAGUGGGGCUUAAAGGUAAUUGGACAAUUGGCUGCUCGUCUAUUUUCAAGGUAUAUGUUACACCAGAUUAGAGUUUGCCCAAAAACAUCUAAAAAGCACAUCUUAUAGACAGAUGAGAGACACAUCAACUUGUACCAGAAUAAUGGGAAAGGAGGCGUUUGGGAAAGAGAACAGAAUGGCUUAUGAUCCAGAGCAAACCACCUCAUCUGUCCAGCAUGGUGGAGGUAGUGUCAUUGCAUGGGAAUUCAGUAAAGGCCUGGCAAAGCAUCACCAGUGAAGAACCUCAGCGUCUGGAGAUUUCUAUGGGUGCCAGACUUCAGGCAGUAACUGACUCAAAUGAUUUGCAACCAAGUAUUAAAAUGACAGAUUAAUUGGAAAUUGUUAGCUUGUCCAACUACUUUUGAGCCCAAAAUGGUGGGAGGGGUUUAGAGCUCAUACUCAUUAUUUAAAUCAACUCCGAAAUGCUCUGGUAGACAGCUAAAGUAAUACCUUUGUCAAUGUCCAAAUAUUUAUGGACCUGAUUGUAGUGGUUAUUCUAAGACCUUGACAGCCCGACAGUUCUGAAAGGCCAUAUGACAGUCAACCUUGUGUCCAGCCUAAGGGCGUGAACCGUCUUGACUGAUCUCUCUC